CCUAUCAGAUGGAUAAAACAAUGUUUACAUUUUUGUCAGUUUUUGUCAGUUUGAUGUACAAAUAAACACCAGUUUUUGCCUUCAUCUUACUUUCCCUUCAAGUAUCAAACCAAGAAGUCUACUUUUCUUACCUAUAUAAAUCCCACAUGAUCACAACUUCGAAAGGAAAACCAAGUACCAAAAAAAGAUGUCGACUUUUCCAAUCAACACGAUAGUAGUAUUAGUUCAAGAGAAUCGUUCAUUUGAUCACAUGUUAGGAUGGAUGAAAACACUUAAACCAGAAAUUAAUGGAGUAACCGGGACAGAAUUCAAUUACAUUUCAGCAAAUGAUGCAACUUCAGAGAAGUUAUAUUUCGGCAACAAAUCGGAACAUGUAGACCCAGACCCUGGUCACUCAAUCCAAGACAUAUACGAGCAAGUUUUUGGUAUGCAAUGGGAAGCAUCAACAGCUUCGAAAGAUAAUGUUCCGGAAAUGAAAGGGUUUGCUCAAAAUGCAGAAAGAUUAACAAAAGGCAUGUCGAGUACAGUUAUGAAUGGGUUUCAACCGGAUUCUGUACCUAUUUACAAGGAACUGGUUUCUGAAUUUGCAGUCUUUGAUCGCUGGUUUGCUUCUGUUCCGGCUUCCACUCAACCGAACCGAUUGUUCGUUCAUUCAGCCACUUCGAAUGGUGCAGAGAGAAACGAUACAGUGAAAUUGAUCCUGGGGUUUCCUCAGAAAACAAUUUUUGAAUCACUGGAUGAAGCAGGACUGUCGUUUGGAAUUUACUAUCAGAAUCCGCCUUCUACUCUUUUUUACAGGUAAGAAAUCUGCAGGUUCUUAUGCAUUCCCUCUUAUCAUUUGGGUUCUAAAUUAUCUGCUUCCGUAAAUUUAUUCAAGUUAAUAUUAUUACAAGGAAACGACUCAUGCUAUCACAAACAUGCGCACACAAUGAACGCGAACUUUUUUUUUUUGAUCGAUAAAUAUAUGUAUAUAUAUAAUAUUUUUAAAGAAGGCUAAGUACAAAUCUGCAAAAGAAGAACAGCCACCAGGCAAGAAAAAAUACAAAAUAAAUCAAGAGAACACCCACGAAAAGGGAAAAGAAAAAACUAAAGAGGUUCAAACCAUACCAAGGGAUGAACGCGAACUUUGUAGAUACGCACGUACGCUGUCGCUGUGUUGUUAUGCACUCGUUUGCUCCAUAGCACCUUUUGAGUUUCGAAAUAAUUUACUAACAAAUAUUUACUUGAAUGUAUCAGAAAUAAAGAACAUCCAUUUACGCUAAGCUCGAAAUGUUGCUUUCAGUGUAGAUAGUAUUGCAUAUUUUAUUACGCAAGCAUUUAAUAUGCUUAGGUAGAGAAGCAUGACCUUUGGAUGCUCACCUCAUUACCCAAUGUUGCGUAUUCCAUUAUAUGCUAUGGAGAGUAGUAUGCCAAUGCAUGCAGAGCUGUAAGAAUUGAUGCAAGUCAAAGAAUACAAGAGACUAUACGCCUUAGCUAGCCCUUUGGAUAUUUCCUGUUAAAUGAAACUAAUGUCAAAUUCUAUAUAAUUUGCCAAAAAGGUCAUUAGACUCAAACCCAAAAUGUACUUACGCG